AUGGCCACGACGUCUCAGGACAAGAGCACGCGCACCAUUCACAGUGCUGCGUGUUUGAUUAUUGGAGACGAAGUUUUGGGCGGAAAGACGGACCUCUUGGGGCUAAUUGGGGACCAGAGCUUGAAACGCGUGGAAGUCAUUGAAGACGAUGAGGGCGAAAUCAUGGAAGCGGUCCGCCGCAUGAGUGAUCGCUAUGAUUUUGUCGUCACCAGCGGCGGUAUUGGACCAACACACGAUGACAUCACAUACCAAUCCAUUGCCAAGGCGUUUGACUUGCCAUUGAAGCUGCAUGACGAAGCGUUUCAGAAAAUGAAAGUGCUUUCCAGACCCGACACACUCACGCCAAAUUUUGAUUGGGCAACCGACUCUCCAGCGCUGCAGGCCAAAUUACGAAUGGUCAGGCUGCCGACAGACGAGAGCCGAGACUUGAAGAGCCAGUUCCUCUUUGUGUCGGACAACCUGUGGGUUCCUAUUUCGGUUGUGAAUGGGAACAUCCAUAUAUUGCCUGGUGUUCCCUCCCUGUUUCAGGCGUUGCUCGACGGAAUGAAACCAUUUAUACUCCCCAGACUGGUAGAUCCUGAAGGCAAGGGAACCUGCCGAAUCUUGAUUUCUACGCCAAUGCCGGAAAGCGCCGUGGCGGCCUAUCUUACAGAACUGGCGGCCAGGGUUGAAGCCAAAGGUGUCAAAGUUGGAAGCUAUCCUAGGUGGGGCAAGAAGCGCAACACCGUCACGCUUGUCGGCAGGGAUCAAGCAUUCCUCGAAAGUUUAGUUGCCGAGGUUGAGGAGAAUGUGCAGGGGCGUCGUGUUAGUCAAGAGGAUGAAGCAGAUGAUCUUUAA